GCAUACACUCCAAAGCCAACCUAGAACCCCAUGUCUCACUCGACUACCUCCAACAUUUCCCGGCUAAAACUCUUAAACCCUAAACCCCUCUACCCCAUCUCUCUCAUAGGGCCUUCGCCAUGGCAAGAAUGGCGAGCCGGACCAACCCUCUCCUGACAUCACUACCCCUGUAUCUAGCGUGGAGAAGGCUCGGGUUCCGUACCAUUCGCUUUGGGCGUCUUGGCUUCGCACCGUCAUCGCCGUCGCUACUCGACCCCGAGUUCCCUGUCCCUGGAACGAAGGUACUUGAAACUUUCAGAGAAGAAUUCGAAAUCGGUUCGCGCUUAAUUACCUUUGAAACCGGGAAGAUCGCCAGGUUCGCUAAUGGUGCCGUUGUCAUGGCUAUGGAGGAGACCAGAGUGCUAUCUACCGUCGCUUCAGCUAAAGGAGACGACGUUCGAGAUUUCUUGCCGCUCACAGUUGAUUAUCAAGAGAAGCAGUUUGCUCAAGGUGUGAUCCCAAACACAUUUAUGCGGAGGGAGGGUGCUCCGAAAGAACGUGAACUUCUAUGUGGUCGUAUCAUUGAUCGACCAAUAAGACCUCUGUUUCCUGCUGGAUUUUACCAUGAGGUCCAGGUAAUGGCAAGUGUUCUUUCUUCUGAUGGGAAGCAAGAUCCAGAUGUAAUGGCAGCUAAUGCAACAUCUGCUGCUCUUAUGUUAUCAGAUAUUCCUUGGGGUGGCCCCAUUGGGAUGAUACGGAUAGGGAGGAUUUGUGGGAAGUUUAUUGUUAACCCAAGCAUGGAUGAGCUUAGUUUAAGUGAUCUCAACUUGGUGUAUGCUUGCACAAAGGACAAAACUUUAAUGAUUGAUGUUCAAGCCCGUGAGAUAUCAGAGAGAGAUUUGGAAGCUGGAUUGAGGCUUGCUCAUCCUGAGGCGGUUAAAUUUCUUGAACCUCAAAUCAGACUGGCAGCUAAAGCUGGUAAAUGCAAGAGGGAAUAUAAGUUAUCUAUGGUUUCAGACAGAACAUUGGAAAAAGUCAGAAACUUGGCAGAAACAUCUAUUGAAGCUGUGUUUACAGACCCUACAUAUGGCAAGUUUGAACGUGGAGAAGCCUUGGAUAAGAUUGCACAAGAUGUAAGAAAAUCACUUGAAGAAGAGUGUGAUGAAGAAAGCUUAAAAGUUCUAGGAAAAGUGGUCGAUACCGUGAGGAAAGAGAUUGUACGUAGAAGAAUUAUUGAAAAAGGGCUUAGAGUUGAUGGGAGACGUCUUGAUGAAGUUAGACCUUUGUUUUGCGAAGCUGGUAAUUUACCAGUGUUACAUGGAUCAUCACUGUUCUCUCGUGGAGAUACUCAGGUUCUUUGUACUGUGACACUUGGGUCACCUGGAGAUGCUCAACGCCUGGAGUCCCUUGUUGGUCCCUCAACCAAGCGAUUCAUGCUUCACUACAGUUUCCCACCAUUUUCAAUUAAUGAAGUUGGCAAACGAGUUGGCUUGAAUAGGCGGGAAGUUGGGCAUGGCACUCUUGCAGAGAAAGCUCUGCUCGCAGUCCUGCCUCCAGAGGAUGAUUUAUUGUAUACUAUACGUGUCAAUUCAGAAGUCAUGGCUUCUGAUGGUUCAACAUCAAUGGCAUCUGUCUGCGGAGCUAGUAUGGCUUUGAUGGAUGCUGGCAUUCCACUACGAGAACAUGUGGCAGGUGUUUCAGUGGGUCUUGUUAGUGAAGUUGACCCAUCAACUGGCACAAUUAAGGAUUUUCGCAUACUGACUGAUAUUUUGGGCUUGGAAGAUCAUCUGGGGGACAUGGACUUCAAGAUUGCUGGCACACGAAAUGGAGUAACUGCAAUUCAGUUAGAUAUAAAACCUGCCGGAAUUCCUUUAGAUAUUAUUUGUGAGUGUUUAGAGCCUGCUCUUAAGGGUCGUCUUCAAAUCCUUGAUUGCAUGGAGCAAGAGAUCAAUGCACCGCGUACUCAAGAUGACAGAAAUUCCCCUCGAUUAGCCACCUUGAAAUUCAGCAAUGAUGCUCUUCGUCGUUUGAUUGGGCCUAUGGGUGCUCUGAAGAGAAAAAUUGAAGAAGGAACAGGUGCACGGAUAUCUGUGAGUGAUGGCACACUUACCAUUGUUGCUAAGAAUCAAUCUGUAAUGGAAAGAGUGCAAGAAAAGGUUGAUUUUAUAAUUGGCCGUGAGAUUGAAAUUGGAGGAAUCUACAAGGGUGUUGUCACUUCAGUGAAAGAAUAUGGGGCCUUUGUGGAGUUUAAUGGUGGGCAACAAGGUCUUCUACACGUAUCUGAGUUAUCCCAUGAUUUGGUCUCUCGAGUUUCAGAUGUAGUGUCUGUUGGCCAGCAGCUUUCUUUAAUGUGUAUAGGGCAAGAUGUUCGUGGCAACAUUAAAUUAUCCCUUAAAGCAACUGUACCCAAACCAGGAUCUGAGAAGUCUAAUGUGGCUGAAAAAUCUGUCUCACUUACAAAGCAAGCCUCUAAUAUUUCCUCAUUGGUUGAUGUAUCUGAUGGACAAGAAAGUCAGGACUCUAUCCUGGAAGAUUUGCCACAGUUCAAAGACAAAGUUGGUGGUGUAGACUCUUCUAUUUCCUCACCACCACCAAUUGUAAUUCGAAGUGCUGCAGAGUGUGAUGAGGAGGAAAAAUCAGCUGUAUCAAGUCAGAGUUCUAAAAGUGCCUCUAGACCCGAGGGCAAUUCAAAUUUGGAAAAGGAGAGAGCUAAUCAAAUCAUUUCUAUCUUUGGAAACCUGGAUGAAGAUGGUAAAUCCAAAUUCCAUGCACAUUCUCAAAAUGUUAUAAAUGGUAAGGAAACUGCAGCUGACAAUCACAUUGAUGCGAAGAAACUGAAGCUUGGAAUGAAGCUUACAGCGAAAGUUUAUCAAAUUCGUGCGCAUGGGUUGGUCCUUGAUUUGGGCGGUGGAAUUCGUGGAAUGUAUCGGUUCGAGGCUGGUGGCAAGAGAGACUUUGACGUGGGUGAUGUGUUGGAAGUUGUGUGCUCAACUUUCUCUAGCAAGGGGAUUCCAGUAGUGUCUUUGGUGGAAAAUGAUUAGUGCUAUACAGUGUUGUUUUCUUAGGUUAAUUUCUUACAGAUGGUGAUUGGGAAGAACAUUGCUGCAAUGGAAAAACUUGACCUGAGGAACUUCUAUGCUCAGCAAAAAUUUGGAGAAGUUCACGUGGAAGAGUGUCAAAUUCUUCAUUUAAAAGCUUUAUGGGCAACACAGUAUUGUUUCUAGGAGAAUAUAUUCAACCGGGUUAGUCUGCAUGAUCAUCAGGAGGGUUGGCCAUUUGUUAACAGGUUAUAGUUUUUUACAAAGCACUCUGCUGUUGGUUGAAGGCGAGUUUCUUAGAAAGCAUUCCGGAUGAACUUUUAAGCUUCUGAGAUGCAUCAUCAAUGAUUAGUCUAUCUGACCUCAAAAUUUUGGUUCAUUUGUCAUCAUCCAAAUACAACAUUUUGUAAAUUAUAUUUUUGAUUCUUACUAUAUGUCAUAAUCUAUCUGAAUUUUGUUCAAAAGCCGAAGGGAGAGGAUCGUGCAUCUUGCAGAAACGCAGGGAUGUGCCUGGUGAAGACGGUUCACAACCAUUUGCUGCAUCUUUGGGGAUGAAAAGAAUUUCCUGAAAAUGCGUACAGAUCUUCUUGUAUCUUGCUCGAGUUGAUUGGGCAAUCUGCCCCUUUUACUGAGUAUGUUUUCAUGUUGUAGCUUUUGCGUCUUGUACAUUUUUAGUUAAGCAAAUAAUGCACCUUCCUGAAAUUGCUCAAA